GCGCGCGCGGGCGCGGGAGCGGACGCCGCCAGAUCAGGCUUCCCUGGCUGGGGGGAGACGUCGAUCUACGACGACGCCCUCGUGCACUUGCCCGUUCCGACGCACCACGACGGCCACGGGCUCGGCGAGUUCCUAUCGACCGCGAUCUGCGGCAACGACAUCACGAGCUCGUGCUUUUACGUAGUCGGCGCGAUGGCCCAUGCAGCAGGCGUCUACGCGCCGAUCGGGGCCGUGUUCGCGGCCGUGACGCUGUGGCUCUUCCGAUGGGUGUACACCGAGGCCGUGACCGCCCUGCCCUUCAACGGCGGGAUCUACAACAUACUGCUGAACACCUUGGGCUCGAAGAAGACGGCCGCCACAGUCGCCACGCUCACGAUGAUGUCGUACAUGGCGACAGCAGUCGUGAGUGCAUUGUCGGCCGGCUCGUACGUGCAGUCCCUCGUCGACAGCUCGAAGACGGACCCCAUGGAGAGCGGCAACUACUGCAUUCCGAUUGCGUUGGGGCUCAUCGCCUUCUUCUGCGGUCUCAAGCUGAUAGGCAUCUCGGAAUCGGCCGUGGUGGCAGCCGUCAUGUUCACGAUGGUCCGAGAGUUCGACCACGACAGGCACCUCCUCCCCGCCAUGAAGGCCAAGGUCCGUGAGUCGCACUUUUGA